AUGGCCGGCGAUCUCGACUUGGAGUACAAGCAGGAGAAGGCAAGAAUGACUCCAUUGUUGCUCAGCUUCCUCAAGGAAAUCGGCGAACCAAUUGAAUUAUCCGCUGAAGCAAGCGAAUUCUACAAAUUACCAGCAGUCAACACAACAGUACCAACUGUUCCAUUCUUAACUGCUUUCGCUACAUUCUUUACACCAGGAAUGGGUGCAACACCUCACGACUCCGAAAAAAUCCACAAUUUGCAGAAAGAUGCUCCAAUUAAGAUAAUCUUCAACGAAUCUGGCUUCGAGUUGAAUAUACCAAAGGACGAUAAGGCUUCAUCGUUCUUGAUCGUUGUCAAACCGCUUUUAGAAGCAUAUAACUUUUUUCUCUCUCUCUUACAAUUCACUUUACAUUUUUUUCUUCGAGAAAAAUGA